GAGACAGUGAAGCUGACAUUCACACACAAACAAGCACAAAAAAUCAAAAAAAAAUUACGCAAAGCCCGAAGCUUUAAAGUUUUUAUUUCCCUCUACUGUUAUCAAUCUUGUCGUCCUCCUCCUCCUUCUAGGGUUUCCCCAUCUUCUCGUCUUUUCCAUUUCUGGAAACCGUGGGGGGAGUGAAAUGGAGACAGAUGAAGCUUACCAGAGGAAAGAGCGAGAUGCACUUGUAGCCAUUGUCGUUCUUGCUUGUCUUGCUUUAACUUCUUUGUUCGUCGCCUUUAGCUACUACUGCUACAUUCGUAACAAAGUCUCCAAGCGUCACAGAAUCAACAAGAAGUUUAACUGCGAGGAGAAAGGCGAUUGUCAAAACCAACAAGAAGUUACUGACAACGCCCUGCAGAUUUUCACUUUCAAGCAGCUACAUUCAGCUACAGGUGGAUUCAGCAAAUCCAACGUGGUUGGUCAUGGUGGGUUUGGUUUGGUUUAUCGUGGUGUGCUUAACGAUGGGAGAAAAGUUGCUAUCAAGUUUAUGGAUAAUGCAGGGAAGCAAGGGGAAGAUGAAUUCAAGAUGGAGGUUGAGUUACUGAGCCGUCUGCGUUCACCUUACUUGUUGGCACUUCUUGGUUAUUGUUCAGACAAUAGCCACAAACUGCUUGUGUAUGAGUUCAUGGCAAAUGGAGGUCUGCAGGAACACCUCUAUCCUAAUAACAGGUCUGGUUCUGUCCCGUUGAGACUAGACUGGGAAACUCGGAUGAGAAUAGCUCUGGAAGCUGCAAAAGGCCUUGAGUAUCUCCAUGAGCAAGUAUCACCACCAGUGAUUCACCGAGACUUCAAGAGCAGCAACAUUCUCCUCGACAGAAACUUCCACGCCAAAGUCUCAGACUUCGGAUUGGCUAAAGUCGGAUCAGACAAAGCUGGUGGACACGUUUCAACACGUGUCUUAGGCACGCAAGGAUACGUUGCUCCUGAGUAUGCUUUAACCGGCCACUUGACUACAAAAUCAGAUGUGUACAGCUAUGGCAUUGUCCUGUUAGAGUUACUAACGGGGAGGGUUCCAGUAGAUAUGAAGAGAGAUGCUGGAGAAGGUGUUCUUGUUUCUUGGGCGUUGCCUCAACUGGCUGAUAGAGAGAAAGUUGUGGACAUAAUGGAUCCAACACUAGAAGGGCUGUACUCGACCAAAGAGGUUGUUCAGGUUGCAGCAAUAGCAGCAAUGUGUGUUCAAGCGGAAGCUGAUUACAGACCGUUGAUGGCAGAUGUGGUGCAGUCACUGGUUCCAUUAGUGAGAAGUCGUAGGUCAGCUGCAAAGCUUAGUGGCUGCUCUAGUAGCUUUAGCUUGGCUCGGUCUCCUGGUUCACCCGUUGGUUCUCAAUAAACCAGAUAAAAUAACAAAUGUGAGACUUUUUAGUUUCUAUGUAGUACGGGAUUUGUUAAAGCAGUGUGUAAUUGUUAACACUUUUGAGUGAUCAAUAAUGAAACUUAUCAGUUAUCAUCA